AUGACAGCGUGUAGCCACCACUGCACAGAGUACAAGAGUGAUGACAGAGAGUGUAGCCACCACUGCACAGAGUACAAGUGUAAGGACAGAGAGUGUAUCCACCACUCCACAGAGUACAAGGGAGAGAACAGAGAGUGUAGCCACCACUCCACAGAGUACAAGGGUGAUGACAGAAAGUGUUGCCACCAGUGCACAGAGAACAAGGGUGAUGACAGAGAGUGUUGCCACCACUCCACAGAGUACAAGGGUGAUGACAGAGACUGUAGCCACCACUCCACAGAGUACAAGGGUGAGAACAGAGAGUGUAGCCACCACUCCACAGAGUACAAGGGUGAUGACAGAGAGUAUAGCGACCACUCCACAGAGUACAAGUAUGAGGACAGAAAGUAUAGCGACCAUGACACAGAGUACAAGGAUGAGGACAGAAAGUAUAGCCACCACUCCACAGAGUACAAGUGUGAUGACAGAGAGUGUAGCCACCACUCCACAGAGUACAAGAGUGAUGACAGAGAGUGUAGCCACCACUGCACAGAGUACAAGUGUGAGGACAGAGAGUCUAGCCACCACUCCAGAGUACAAGGGUGA